CAACAAUGAAUGUGUGUCUCUUCGACUGCGCUUUUGAAUCAUCAUUCCAACUGAAUGGACCAUUUCCCAAAUGCGUCGGACGAAAAGCGGAUCGACUACCAUGAAACUGCAAUGGACACGUUACGCCAGAGUGCGAAAACUGGAGACUAGAAGGAGCCGAGGUUCGCCGCGAACAUUUCUACACUAAGUAAUCGACUCUAUGCCAAUUACUAAGUAGAACUAGCACGUCCUUACACGUCUCUUACGUCUAGGCCUAUGAUGUCCAGGAUCUACGUGGAAGAUUUGGGAGACCCCACCGCAGCUUCGAGACUGUUUAGCUUUGGUUGUACUUAAAGAUGGGGUUGACCGCUUCUCGUCCCUGCUAUACACACUUCUUCUCCAUCACAAGCAUCAACAAUACAUAGAUAUUACAUCUACCUAAUUACAUAGAGAAGACAAGGAUAUAAAGAGCUAUAGAUAUGCCAGGCCAACAGACACGCCAAUGGGUUCUUGCCAACCCGCCGGUCAACGACCCCGUCAUCGAGGGCAAGGACGCGACCUUUGAGCUCAAGACCGUCGACCUCCCAAGCCCAAGCGCUGACCAGGUCCUCAUCAAGAUCCUCUACUUCUCAAAUGACCCAGCGCAAAGAGGAUGGAUUCAAAAGGAUAUGGACCCCGAGCGCCUCUACGUUCCGCCAGUAAACGAGGGCGACAUCAUGCGUUCCUUUGCCAUUGCCGAGAUCGUCGAAUCUAGCACCGACAGCCUGCCCAAGGGUCAACUCGUCAUGGGCACCUUCGGCUGGACCGAGUAUGCCGUUGUCUCCGCCAAAGAGGUUCGCCCCAUUCAAGCCGAUGAGAGCGCCGGUAUUCGUCCCACACACUUCGUCGGAGCACUUGGCGGAACUGGUCUGACCGCGUACUACGGUCUCAUUGACAUUGCGCGUGCUACCGCCGCCGACACCGUCGUCGUUUCUGGAGCUGCAGGCGCUACUGGAUCGAUGGUCGUGCAACUCGCCAAGAACGUGCUCGGAUGCAAACGCGUCAUUGGUAUCGCGGGUGGUGAAAAGAAGUGCCGCUGGGUCGAGAGUCUCGGCGCGGAUAUCUGCGUUGACUACAAGGCCGCUUCUUUUGAAAAGGACUUGAUCAAGGCUACAGAAGGAUACGUGGAGGUCUACUUCGACAAUGUUGGUGGCGAUAUCUUGUCGCUUAUGCUUGGUCGCAUGAAGCGCCACGGACGCAUUGCUGCUUGUGGUGCUGUUGCAACAUACAACUCCAUGGGCGACAGUGGUGUAAAGAACUGGUUCGAGAUCAUCAGCAACCGAAUUGAGGUUAAGGGAUUCAUUGUUAUCGACGCUUUGGAGUCUGGCAGGGCUGGACAGAUUGUACCAGAGUUGAUCAAGGGAGUCAAGGAGGGCAAGAUUCAGGUUGGACCUGAGACCGAGACUGUGGUUAAGACCAAGUUUGAGGAUGUGCCCAAGACUUGGAUGAUGCUUUUCCAGGGUGGCAACACUGGAAAGUUGGUUACCGAAAUCCAGGGCUAAGUAGAUCAAGUUCUUCUUGGUAAAACAAGGAUGUGGGAAUACAAUCCCACUGUAAUCACUUUUACUUCACUAGAAUCCGACAUGGUUCAGCGAUAGAAAGUUGUCCUAAUCUAUG